AGAUAGUAAGCGGCUGAGCACUAAUCUUCAGAUUGCCUUGGCAUCAAGCCAACUCCGCCAUGACAGACCUGCGGCUGCUUCAUGGCGAUGACUACAACACUCUCUUUGACAGCCAGGCAUAUUUGACUUCCUACUACACGGACCCAAUGUCGGGCGUUAUGCCGUUCGUCCUCUCUGAAUUUCACGAGGCGUUUGCAGAAGGCAACAUCAAAGGCGGGGUACUGCUUGACAUCGGCACCGGGCCUACCGUGCACAGCACGAUGAGCGCAUCACAACACUGCGAUAGUGUCAUACUAGCCGACUUCUCGCCCACAAACAGAGGCAUUCUAGCACAGUGGCACAACCGGUCUCUCAGCCACAGCUUUGACAAACAUUUGGAGUUUGUUCUUAAAUUAGAGGGAUCAAGUGAAAUACCGUCUGUAAGAGAAGCAAUGAUGAGAAACAAGGUAGCCUGCAUCCUCCACUGCGAUCUACGAAAGGAUGAUCCUUUCAGUCCAAACUGGCUCCCUCCUGUCGACGUCAUCACCUCCUCCCACUGUUUGGAGUCAGUUGCCGUAGAUGUCCCUUCCUAUGAAUACUGCGCGAAACGCGUAGCGGCCAUGUUGAAAACUGGCGGCCAUCUUGUUAUGGUUGGAUGCGUGGGCGGGUCCUACUAUAUGGUCGGAAAGAGGUGCUAUUCGAGCUAUGGAAUGACAGGGUUGGAGCUGCAGUCAGCAUGGAAGAAAGCUGGAUUACAAAUCAUGAAGUGGAAAGAACUGGCAUCGACAGCAAAUGACCAGUCAGGAGAUAUUUAUAAAUAUUUUAGCCUGGUUGCAAGGAAAAUAUAG